AUGGACCACUUGAAGAGCAAGUACCCCCAGCAUGCCUUGGCCAUCCGAGGGCAGCAGGAGAGGAUCCGGGACCAGACAUGCUUUCUGUAUAAAGAAUACAUAAUACUUGGAGUGGAGAAAGAUGCUCCUAAGAGAGGAAACAGGAAAGGUGAUUUGGGAGAAAAUCCAUUGUACCAUCUCACCACUGCAUCUGCCAUCUCUACAGGAUAUGGUUUUUGAGCACUGACUGGUAGAUUUGAGGCCUAAUUCCCAAGGCUUGCAUGAAAAGAAUUCUGUAAGAACACUAACAAGGUUUCUCCCAAAGGCAUAAAGGUGACUCAGAUCUAUAAAAGUGACUUGAGCGGAAAGAGAGAGAGAGAAAGAGAGAGAGAGAGCAUCUCACAGAGAGCCCCUGCAGGCUUCUUUCUUCUCCAUUUAUAAGGUUGACGUGCCAUCAUCUUUCGAUACGGAGUCGUUCACACAGCUGCUCCAUAUUCAGCAGCCUUUCUUUUUGUACCUUAUGACUGUAAGCCAAGAAGCAACCAUCUCCAGCAGCAGCAUCAGCAGCAGCUAAAAGGGAGUGCGGAAAGAAGGCAACCGAGAGAAAGAGCUGCUGACGGAUGAAUUUAUAGACACUGCAGCCUCCCAUUGUGUGAAGGUGGUUGUUGUGCCUGGGGAUGGCAGAAGCAGAAAGCGUUUUAAGGUGGCCUGGCUGGAAGUAACCUGUGGCAGACUCGAAGCUCCCGGCACUCACAGGGUUCUCAGCCUGGCCUGGCCGAUCAAGCCAAACUUUCCUUUGCUUCAGCUGAAUCUCUGGAAACCAUGUCUGAAGCCGAGUUACCCAUAGGGUUCAACAGGAUGAACCGCUUCCGGCAAAGCUUGCCUUUGUCCCGUUCUACCAGCCAAACAAAGCUUCGAUCACCAGGCAUCCUCUUUCUGCAGUUUGGAGAUGAGACGAGACGGGUUCACAUCACUCAUGAAAUCAGCAGCAUGGAUACUCUGCAUGCCCUCAUCGUCCACAUGUUUCCCCAGAAGUUGACAAUGGGUAUGCUCAAAUCUCCCAACACUGCCAUCCUGAUUAAGGAUGAAUCCCGCAAUGUCUUCUAUGAGCUGGAGGAUGUCAGGGAUAUCCAGGAUAGAAGCAUUAUCAAAAUCUACCGGAAAGAGCCCCUUUAUGCCUCCUUCCCUGGAUCCCAUAUCACCAAUGGUGACUUGCGGAGAGAAAUGGUCUACACGUCCAGAGAGUCCUCUCCCACUCGGCGUCUGAACAGCAUGUCCCCUGCUUCCCAUCUCACCUCUGGUUCCCCCCCACCGGUGCUCCAGUCCUCCUCACCAUCCCGUUCCCGCAUGUCUUACAGUGGAGGCCGCCCACCCUCCUAUGCUGGCAGCCCUGUACACCAUAGUGAACGCCUCUCCAACCUGCCUCCAGCCCAGGGUGUCUCGCCAAGCCCAAGUGCUAUUUUGGAACGCCGGGAUGUCAAACCAGAUGAAGACCUGGCUGGGAAGAAUAUGGUGCUGAUGAAGAAUGAAGGCCUGUAUGCUGACCCUUACAGUAUGGUGCAUGAAGGACGUUUGAGCAUUACAUCCACUCAGUCACUGGCUGGGAUGGGAGAUCCGUUUGCCUAUCCUGGGGGUCUCUAUAAGCGUGGCUCCGUCCGUUCCCUCAGUACUUAUUCAGCUGCUGCCCUGCAGUCAGAACUUGAAGAUAGUUUAUACAAACCCAAUGCACAGAUAUAUAGUGAUACCUAUGGUCCAGGGAUGGGCUUUCGCUUGCCCCCAUCAUCCCCCCAGAAAAUUGCUGAUGGCCGCCUAGUAGACGUUCAGCAGAGCCAAAGCCCCCACAGUCCUUAUUCAGGGCCUCCAAGCCGGUCUUCACCAGUUCGCCAGACUUUCCGCAAAGAUUCUUGCUCCUCGGUCUUCAUGGAAAGCCCUGUCAACAAGCCACGGAAUCCUAGCUCUUCGGGACCUCCUGAGCUCUUCCCUGGUCCUGGAGAACGUCCCCUUUCUGGAUUCAGUUCACCUGUGCCUGCUAAGGAUACAGAAACAAGGGACCGCAUGGAGGCCAUGGAGAAGCAGAUUGCCAGCCUCACAGGCUUGGUACAGAGUGCAUUGAUGAGAAGUUCUGACUCAGAAAACCCUAGUGAAAGGACAGAAGGAACUAAUGGAGGGACACCUCCAUCAGCAUCCCUCAGCAGAAGCAGCGGAGGGACCCCAGUUCCUGGCCCCCCACCCCCAUCCGCUACUGGUACACCAGCUGGGCAGCCCACUGCUAUCACUCGUCUGCACAUGCAACUCCACCUCCAUGACUUGCAGCAGAAUGCCAGUGAUCUCCGCAAUCAGUUGCAGCAACUGAGGAAAUUACAGCUUCAGAAUCAAGAAACAGUGAAGACUAUGCUGCGGCGAACAGAAACUGAGAUCAGUGUGCGGGUGACAGACACCAUGCGCAAACAGGAAGAUCCCUUGCAGCGGCAGCGUACCUUGGUGGAAGAGGAGCGUCUCCGUUACCUCAAUGAGGAAGAGCUCAUAACCCAGCAGCUAAAUGAUCUGGAGAAGUCAGUUGAAAGGAUCCAGAAAGAUUUGACCCACAAUCACCGACUUAUCUCUGCACAAGAACUGGAGGAAAAAUCCCUGGUGCUUAAGCAGCUGGGAGAUACCUUGAUGGAGCUGAAGGCUAAUUUCCCCAGCCUGCAGAGCAAAAUGCGUGUGGUCCUCCGUGUGGAGGUGGAGGCUGUGAAGUUCCUCAAGGAAGAGCCUCACCGGCUGGACGGCCUAUUCAAGCGUUGCAAGGCAGUGACCGACACCCUGACGCAUGUUCGCAAGCAAGUUGAUGAAGGUGUAUGGGACUCAUCCAGCAACCUCCUUACUCAGUCUCCAAAGAAGGUGGAGCCAGAAAGUGACUUCAGCAAGGGCUUGGAUUUUGAGAUACCCACCAGCCCCCCAAUGAACCUCCAUGACCUAACCUCUUCCACGGAUAGCCUGGGCAUGACUAGCUAUGGACAAAGUCAAGGGCAAAGCCACAUGUCCAAGAGCAGCAACCCAUCCCGGGGUUCAGAGAUGGUCACUGUCAAAACCCAGACAGGCUCUGAGACUCCCAGCAAAAGGAGCGUGGACAGAUCAGUGUCUGUGGAGGCUGCUGAACGAGACUGGGAGGAGAAACGAGCCGCCUUGACCCAGUACAGCGCUAAAGACAUUAACCGCCUCCUGGAAGAGACCCAAGCUGAACUGAUGAAAGCCAUCCCUGACUUGGAGUUUGCAGCCAAGCACAAGCAGACCUCCAGCGGUGGUGGAAGCGGGAGUGCGGCCUCCACCCCAGAGCACAAACCCUCCAAACCACAGCAUGGCCAAAAGACCACAACCAAAAUAGACCCCAGUGGUCGCCGGGGAUCAGAUGAGUUGACAGUACCCAGAUACAGGACUGAGAAACCUUCCAAGUCGCCACCUCCACCCCCUCCCCGGCGAAGCUUCCCAUCCUCCCAUGGUCUCACCACCACCCGCACAGGAGAGGUGAUCAUCACUAGCAAAAAAGAAUCCAGUUUCAUGAAGAAGGCUGAAUCAGAAGAGCUAGAGACUCAGAAGCCACAGGUGAAACUGAGGAGGACUGUGUCAGAGGUUGCCAGGCCUGCCUCAACACCCCCCAUCAUUGCUUCUGCCAUCAAAGAUGAUGACGAUGAAGACAGGAUCAUCGCUGAACUUGAGGUAUUUCAAAGAAGCUCUUCAUUUAUUCCUAAAUUCCGUUGCGACCAGCUUGUGCCAGACGCAGACAUGUGGCCCAAUGGGGCCACCAUAGCAGCUGAAGGAUGGAAGAGUGGUGGUGGUGUCUCAAUUCCAGCCAUGAAGAUGGUCAACCCAGCAUCACGACUGAAGCAAACCCAGCAAGGCAGUCCAGACAAAAGCAAACACAUAAAACAACGCAUGGAAUACAUGCGCAUCCAGGGACAACAGCAGGCCGCUAGAUCAACCAAGGAUCCUAGCACGAUGAAUGAGACUUCAAGCCCAGUCUCAGACAAGCCUACUUCGGGCAGGACCUCCAUCCCAGUACUGACUUCCUUUGGGUCACGGAACUCCUCCAUUUCAUUUUAAAACUUCAGCCGCCAAUCUGUUGUUUUCCUGCGUACUGCUACUGGGGGACUGGGGAGGGUUUGCAUCUCUCUUUAAGAUUUCCUCCUCCCCAGAUCUUACUGAGGCACCUAAAAAAGCUCUCCCCUCCCCAUUUUAAAGUUGCUUCAAUAUGGCCAACCUGCAGUCUCACUUCCUGCUCCAAAACGACCGACCUACAGACUUGAUUCCUGUUCUCCAAAGGAUCAUUUUCUGUAUCACAACAAUGUACUCCAGAAUGGCCGGUUUAUUAUCUCACGUCCUUUUUUUUCCAAAUUGACCAACAUAGUCAUUCUUUUUCUUGCUACAAUAUGGCUGACCUGGUGUUUUCUGUUUCUCCUCAGAGCUUUUUCCACCCCGGUUCCCACCUACCCCCAGCCUCAAUGUUCUGUUCUGGCAGUUCACAUUGCUUAUGUACAAAGAGUGUUAAGAAUUCUCCACAGACUCCAGGCAACAAGGCUGUUGGGCAAUGGUAGU